UUGGUCACACUAAUUUUUCUAUUUAUUUAUUUUGCUUUUCAGAUGGACCACGCUACUGCAGAUUUAAAGGAAUUUAUCACUGAUCUUGUAAUGCCCCACCAGCGGUGCAAUGUCAACAUCAUUUCGGACCACAUCACCAUGCUGGAUGGCACAAAGAUCAAGAAGCAGCAUACGCGGAAGCGGAGAGCCCACAAAUCAGCGACUCUGAACCGUCGGGAAUAUGCUAAGUUAGGCUUAAAUACGCUUCCUACAAGACAAAUGAAGUAUGAAGAUGCCCUGCCACUUAACAGUCUAUGGAAGGGAUACAUUCAGGAGCAUUUGGGAUUGAGGGAAGGCGAUCAGGUUCCCCAAGUCCACGAUUCGCGGUACGAGGAGUUCAGUAAACAAUUGGUUAAAAUGGAUUUGCAUGGCGCCCAGCUGACUGUUAUUCAAUCUAAAUGCAAAACCCUGGAAGGACUACAUGGAAUAUGCGUAAUGGACACAAAAAACAUUCUAAAACUUCUUGGCCUUGAUCAUCGUAUAAGGUCCAUACCGAAGAGCGAAUGCGUCUUUGGAUUAAAAGUAGGCAACAUGGACUUCACCAUCUUUGGCCAACACCUCAACAUUCGACCCGCGGAAAGAAGUGUGAAAAAAAUAAAGAGUUAUGUAGAGCCUUUCAAAUAAAA